AUGUUUCCCGCUCUUCAACCAUCCAGACCCAAGUAUCCACCGUCACAAAAUCCACAGCGACCAAACUUCCAGCAGACUCGACCUGUUUCUCAUGACACAUCAAAGCCCAUGAGCCAGAUAGAAGCCAUGCCGCCCAACGUGUCUAAUCCGCCUCAAGCGUCUCCGUACAAUCCUGCAACUUGCCAUCCAGUCUUUUUCUCAAACUCCUUCCACAAGCCUCCUUUUUCUAUACCGCUGGUGCCUUCUUCUGGUUUCCAUCCUUCGGCCACUGGUUACAUCUUCAACUCGAACAAGCCGACUCCACCAACUAAGCUUUGA